UGAAAUAAUGGAAUUUGAUGCCAUUCCGGAGGACAGGAAUAGGCAACAUGAAUUGAUAUAUUACAAUACAAUAAAAMUAAUAGGAAAUUAAAUAGACAAGCGGAAUAUAUCGCUCAAUCAAAUCAUCACGACAGCCGUGUUGAGAUGGAGAGCCGUCGCACAGUAACACGAAGGUCGAGAAAGCAACACACCAGAUUGAUCAAAUUAUAUCUACUUCGGAAAGCGCCACACGCCUGUAGCCUAGGUGUGGUGCAUCCGAUGGUGGGCUCGAGGGCGUUUUGUYUCAACAAACGAAAACUUCCACAUCAUCGCGCUCGGAUUCUUCCACGGAGGCAGAGGGACUGAAAGUGGGACGACCCCAUGGCCCACGCCCGCUUCCCGGGGAGGACUGCAAACGUGGCCGCUAACCUGACUUCCCCGGUGCUGGGUCGGCCACUGUGCUCUAACGGGACGCCCUGGAUCCUCUAUCUGUUCGAGCAAUGCGUGGAUAAUGUGUGGGAAUACUGGAGUGUAGUCAUCGGGCUGAUCUCAAUGCUCUGUUUCUUGCUGUCUACUCUACCACAAGUCUAUGAGGCUUAUCGCAAUGGUAAAGUGGAGGAGGCCAUGUCUUUUGGCUUUCUGCUCUUCCUCUUCAGUGGGGACCUCAGCAGUCUAAUAGGCUGCGUCCUGACCAGCCAGCUGCCCAUCCAGAUUGUGACAGUAGUGUUCUACAUCUUCACUGAUCUCCUGCUCAUCUCCCAGUUCCUCUACUACAAGAUAAAGAACAACUCAUGUAAAAGUAAGGCCAGUGGGAUCCUGAUAUUACACUCUCCGCCCAGUAUGGAAACACAAUGCCAUGGUUGUGUAUGUGUGAGAAUCAGCAUUGUAGAUAAUGUGCUGUAGGUUCAUACUUCCAUUGUAAGUGUAAUUCUGAGGGUGCAGUCUGUGUACUCACAUUAUGUGUUACAUGCAUACCUUAUUGACAAUGCUAACAGCU